AUGUAUGGUGCAACAUUGACUGUUUUACAAAAGAUUAUUGUUGAUGGAUCAACUUAUUCUCAGCGUGGUGAUGCAGAUAGUGCUUACAAUACCCUGACCUCAUUUGAGUUUGUAUUGAUCUUGCAUUUGAUGAAAGAUAUGAUGGGAAUAACUGAUAUUCUUUGUCAAGCUUUACAAAAGCAAUCUCAAGACAUAGUUAAUGCUGUGCAACUAGUUCAUUCUACAAAAACACUUAUCCAAAACAUGAGAGAUGACAGAUGGGAGGAAUUAUUAAAAAAUGUGAAAUCAUUUUGUGAGCAACAUGAUAUUCUAAUUCCUGAUUUAACUGCUUCUUAUGUUGCAAGGCAAGGACGCUCGCGUCACCAAAAAGAUCAUAUUACAGUUGAGCAUUAUUUUAGAGUGGAGAUAUUUUUAGUCACAAUUGAUAAGCAAUUACAAGAAUUAAAUAGCAGAUUUAAUGAUCAAGCAAUGGAUCUACUAAGUCUGAGCUCUACUCUCAUGCCUAAGGAUGCUUACAAAAAUUUUGACAUUGCUAAGAUUUCUACUCUUGUUGAUAGCUACUAUCCCGAAGACUUUACUGAACAAGAGAAGAUUAAUUUGCCUUUUCAGCUUCAGCAUUUUAUUCUUGAUGUUCGUCAGCAUCCAGAAAUGAAGAAUUUGUCAACUAUUCAUGAACUGUGUAGAUGUUUAGUAGAAACAAAAAAGUCAAAAGUGUAUUACUUGAUUGAUAGAUUGAUUCGUCUGAUAUUAACUCUUCCAGUUUCUACAGCUACUACUGAGCGAUCAUUUUCAGCAAUGAAAAUAAUAAAGACAAGGUUAAGAAACAAGAUGGAGGACGACUUUCUUGCAGAUAGUUUGGUUAUUUACAUUGAGAAAGAAAUUGCUGAAAAGUUUAGUUCUGACUCAAUUAUUGAAGAUUUUAAGUCAUUAAAAACUCGAAGAAUACCAUUAUAA